AUGAGUCAUCAUGUUACCAACUUUCUUUUUGAAUCCCAAUACUUUGUCUUGGUAGUCACCCCGGGCCUCUCGCGGGAGGAAUACCAAUCUCGAAGAUCUCGACUGAUGUCGCAGUUGUCCGAAGGAAGCGUGGUGAUUGUUCCUGGGUAUGGAUUGCGAUAUGCCACGAAUGGAAUAUUUUACCCAUUCCAUCAACAGACAAAUCUUCUCUAUCUAUGUGGAGUUGAUGAACCCGAUUGUGCGCUGGUGCUAGUACGAUCAAAGGCAUCUGAGAAUGGGUACAAGAUGAUUCUAUUUGUGCGGCCCCAAGAUAAGAAACGGGAAAUAUGGGAUGGCCCAAAGAUUGGUUUCGAGGGUGCUGCUCAGUUCUUUGGCGCAGAUGAGACGCAAUCCAUUGAUGCGCUACCUCGCUACAUUGAAGCAAUCCUCUCCUCACCUACGGGUCCCAUAUAUACCGACCUCGCCUUAUCAUCUCCCCCAGCAACACCGCUGGAUGAGACAUAUAUCCGACACGGGUCAUCCAGCAAACUACACGCUAGCAACGCGUCAGCAAUCGACACAAGUAUCACACCCAUCCUUAAAAACCUCACACUAACGAAAGGUCGACGGGGUCGAUCGCCAGUAGUACAGAAGCUCACGCCGCUAAUAUCCGAACUCCGACUGGUCAAAUCACCGGCGGAACAGGAAUUGAUGAGGAAAGCUGGACGAAUAGCUGGUCGGGGCUUUGUGGAUAUGAUGGGAGAGACGAAACCGGGCAUCGGGGAGCACGACUUGGGGGCUGUUAUGGAAUAUUCUUGUAAGCGACAGGGUGCUAAGGGCUUGGGGUAUGUUCCAGUGGUUGCGGGUGGCGAGAAUGCCUUGGUUAUUCAUUAUGUUGUGAAUAAUCAAUUAUUGAGCGACGGGACAUUAGUUUUGGUGGACGCUGGGGCGGAAUACGCUGGGUAUGCAAGUGACAUUACCCGCACAUGGCCGGUAAAUGGGAAGUUCACAACCCAGCAACGUCAGCUCUACGAGGCAGUUUUGAGAGUUCAGCAAGAUUGCAUAAAGAGAUGCACUGGUGACAACGAUGUUACUCUUGAUAGCAUACAGAAUGACGCCUUUGAGAUGCUUCGAGAAGAGUGCUCAGCGUUGUUUGGUAGAAAUAUUGGGAGACGAGAAAUGUCCCAGCUGUACCCACAUCACGUUGGUCAUUGGUUGGGCAUGGAUAUCCACGAUACAGAGAACAUUCCACGCACCCGAAAGCUUGAGGCCGGGAUGGUCAUUACUAUAGAACCAGGACUUUAUAUCCCUCAUUCAGAUGCGUACCCUGAAGGAUUUCGUGGGGUUGGGAUACGCAUUGAGGAUGAUAUUGUGGUUGGGAGUAAGGAAACAGGCUUUGCGCCUGUUGUGUUGAGUGCUGAGGCGCCAAAGGAGGUUAUAGACGUUGAAGCGGUGGUUGGUGGGUUAGUUGGCAGAAGAAAGAUCAAGUACCCUCAAGCACCAACCAGAGCGGGUCAUGGCUGA